CAAGUCCCGUCUGGUCAGCUAAUAUUGAGGUUAAAAUAAUAUAUACGGGAACGUUUUCCUGAAUUUCCUUAUACAAAUUUCUAGCAUGUUAUCUAAAUUCUAGGAUGUGCUAAUAAAUUUUAUAUUGUUUGUAGUUUAAUUUCAUAUCAUAUGUUCAGAUGAAAAGUGAAACAGUAAUUUAAUUUCAUGAUAAAAGUGAUAAUAUUUUUUAUAAUAAUGUUUUUGCCAUUUAAUCUUGAAUCGGAAGGUACUGUCCAGUUUGUUAAUUUGGAAGAGAAUGAGACAAUAUUUGAUUUUAAUGAUGUUAUCAAAGAAAAUGCAAAUUUCGAAAAGUAUUCGGAUAUUUGUCAAUUGAGGAUAGUUGGAGGCUACGAGGUUCCUAUCACCACAGUGCCUUAUCAGAUAUCAUUGAGGAAAUCAAUGUACGCUGGUUAUAUUUGGUACACGUUUUGUGGUGGAUCACUUAUCACUUUCAAGUUCGUAAUAACUGCUACUCACUGUUUCGUCACACCAGGAUUUAAUAACUGGAGAAACUCAAUCCGAGCCGUUGCUGGAACCACAGAAUCGAUAGUCAACAUAUUUGUUUCGAGUAGAGAGCAUACCAGAAGAAUCAGAAAUUAUUAUGUACACAAAAAUUACGACAACCAAAUGUGGAUAAACGACAUAAGCGUUCUCGAGGUACCUACGCCACAAAACAUGGAAUACGCAUUUAUAGAAUCUGAAGAGGUGAAGCCCAUUCGUAUGCAUGUACCGAGUAUGGAUAUAGAUGUGAACGAAGGUGUUUACUGCGCUGUCUCCGGGUUUGGGCUCUUGGAGCACUAUAAGCGAUCAGAAAAUUUGCGAAUGGUAUGUGUACCUAUCGUGUCAAACAGAAGAUGUUCCUACUACUAUCGAUCGUCCAAAAUACACCCGACCUGUCUCUGUGCUGGCGAGAAUACAAAAGAUAGUUGCGAGGGUGAUUCUGGUGGGCCUCUUGUAUGUGGCGGCGUUCUGGUCGGCCUGGUGUCAUGGGGCGGCAUCUGCGGCGUCCAACCGGGCGUAUACACGCGCGUCGCUAGCUUUACUACCGGCGAUAUGGUCCCGUUUGUUGCCAAGCUUGCUGUCAAGCUCGCACAGAUCAACUUCAUAUUAUUAGCGUGCGUUUUGACGUUGUUUACUACAUGAUUAUAUUUUGAGCUGAAUUA